UUACUUGGAGCCACACAAAAGAACAAAUUCCUUGGUCCAUUGCAUCCAGAAUGAGGGAUCAUAAAUUUCUUGUAGUCGCGUCGUUUUUGCCCUUUUUUCUGUUGUUCUUCUUAACACCUGCAGGGAAUACAGAACCUGCAUCAAGCUCUUCGGUAGUACUGAAAAGAGGUAAACGGUAUUUGGAUUUCAUUCCAAAAAGCAGAAUGUUUUUUCGUGCCAACGUCAAGGACAAUGUAAUUAAAGUCAACACAUUGUGGGCCCACGCCUUCGGCUACAGAGCAAAUUAUCCAAUUGAAAAUGAUAAAAAGUAUCGCCCCUUCCGAAGAGAUGUCUACGAUACCAUCGAGGAUCUUUUAAGCAGGCACGGCCUCGACGGACAAGCUUGCACCCUCAAGACAUUCUGUACAGCAAUUCAAAUGGUCGAAUCCCAAAGUGGGAUGAUCUUCAAAUUGUUCAAGUUGAUUUUCACGUUGGAAGAAGGUGAACUUGUACAUUUUCCGCAUUUCCAAGAGAGGUUCUGCAAAGCGGUGAAAUACAAUUGUCCAUUGUCGUUUCGUGAUAUAUCACCAUACACUGACGAAAUAUAGAUAAUUUUAGCGAAGAUUUUAUUUGAAAUUGAGAAAAAUUGAUAACUAGGCUAUGAUGGGCUUCGGACAAUGGAGCUGUUUGAUCAAUAACUGGUUCCAACAAUCCGUAAGAAGUAAAGAGGCGUAAAGAAAUAUGCCCUGCCGUAAGUGAGUGUGGAAUAAGAGAAAGCAAACGUGAUAUAACAUAAUUUAUUGAAAAUA